AUGUCGGACUUACGCUUUGAUGGCCAGGUGGUCGUCGUCACAGGAGCAGGAGGUGGUUUAGGAAAGUCAUACGCACUCUUCUACGGUUCUAGAGGCGCCAGUGUCGUUGUCAAUGACUUGGGAGGCUCGUUCAAAGGCGAGGGAAACUCUUCAAGGGCCGCAGAUAUCGUGGUCGACGAGAUCAAAGCCGCUGGCGGCAAGGCGGUAGCCAACUACAACAGCGUCACCGAUGGCGACAAGAUCAUCGAGACGGCCAUCCAAAACUACGGUCGCAUCGAUGUCCUCAUCAACAACGCUGGUAUCCUUCGGGACAUCAGCUUCAAGAACAUGACUGACCAGGACUGGGAUUUGAUUAUCGACGUCCACGUCAAGGGCUCGUAUAAGUGUGCCAGAGCUGCUUGGCCGCAUUUCCGGAAACAAAAGUAUGGCCGAGUCAUCAACACUGCCUCUGCGGCAGGCCUCUUUGGCAGCUUCGGGCAAACCAACUAUUCGGCCGCCAAGUUGGCGAUGGUCGGAUUCACAGAGACUCUCGCCAAGGAGGGAGCAAAGUACAACAUCCACGCCAACGUCAUUGCACCAAUUGCUGCCAGCAGAAUGACACAAACCGUCAUGCCACCUGACAUUCUGGAAAACCUCAAGCCGGAAUGGGUUGUUCCCCUAGUUGCAGUGCUCACUCACAAAGAUACGGAAGAAAACGGAUGCAUCUAUGAAGUUGGCGGAGGCCACAUCGCAAAACUACGAUGGGAGCGUUCCAGUGGUCUGCUCUUGAAGGCGGAUGAUUCAUAUACCCCAGGUGCCAUUUUGAAGAAGUGGGAUCAAGUUAGCGAUCCCAAGAAUGCACAGUACCCAAGUGGAACAAAUGAUUUCCUGGGACUGCUUGAACAGUCGAUGAAGAUGGGCCCCAGUGAUAAGGGCGAGACUCUUGAUUUCAAGGGCAAAGUUGCUUUAGUUACUGGCGGUGGCGCUGGCAUUGGCCGUAGCUACUGCUUAGCAUUCGCCAAGUACGGAGCUGCAGUUGUUGUCAACGACCUAAUGAACCCAGACGAUGUUGUUAACGAGAUCCGCCAAGCCGGCGGCAAGGCAGUGGGUGUCAAGGCUUCAGCCGAAGACGGAGACGCAUGCGUUAAAGCUGCCAUUGACGCUUUUGGCCGUAUUGAUAUUAUUGUUAACAAUGCCGGCAUUCUCCGAGACAAGGCAUUUGCCAACAUGGACGACAAGAUGUGGGACCAGGUCAUGUCGGUCCACUUGAGAGGCACAUACAAAGUCACCAAGGCUGCGUGGCCGUACUUCCUUAAGCAGAAGUAUGGUCGUGUUCUCAACACCACCUCGACCAGUGGUAUUUAUGGAAACUUUGGACAAGCCAACUACGCUGCAGCUAAAUGCGGUAUUCUUGGUUUCUCCCGUGCUCUCGCUCGUGAAGGCGCAAAAUACAACAUUUACGUCAAUACAAUUGCGCCAAAUGCUGGAACAGCAAUGACCAGAACCAUCUUGCCCGAAGAGCUGGUCCAAGCAUUCAAGCCAGAGUACAUAGCGCCAUUGGUUGUCGCUCUCUGCUCAGAUAAGGUCCCAAGCCAACCCACUGGCGGUCUCUACGAAGUUGGUAGCGGUUGGGUUGGAAAAACAAGAUGGCAACGGACUGGCGGCCAUGGAUUCCCUAUCGAUGUCAAAUUGACACCCGAGGAGGUGCUGAAGAAGUGGGAGAAAAUUAACAACUUCGAUGAUGGACGUGCAGACCAUCCCGAAGAUGGUCAAGACGGAUUGAAGAGCAUUAUGGCAAAUAUGCAAAAUAAGAAGGGUGGUGCGAGCAAGAAGGGUGAUGCUGCUAGCAAUUCAAACCCCGAGAUCCUCGCAAAUAUCGAGAAGGCCAUGAAGGCCGAGAGUAAGGGCACCGAGUUCAAAUACGACGAAAGGGAUGUCGCACUAUACAACUUAGGUGUUGGAGCAAAGAAGACCGAUCUGGCACUGGUUUUCGAGGGACACGAAAAUUUCCAAGCCCUGCCAACAUUCGGCGUGAUCCCAUUCUUCUCCGCCGAAACUCCUUAUAACAUUGACGACAUCGUCCCCAACUUCUCCCCCAUGAUGCUUCUACACGGAGAACAAUACCUCGAAAUCCUCUCCUACCCCAUUCCCACCAACGCCACCUUGGUCUCCCACGCCAAACUUGUUGAUGUUGUCGACAAAGGCAAUGCUGCCAUUGUCAAAUCAGGCAUCACGACAGUCAACCAAGCGACCGGCAAGCCAGUCUUCUACAACGAAUCCACCGUCUUCAUCAGAGGAUCUGGCGGGUUCGGAGGAAACAAGAAGCCACAAGAUAGAGGUGCCAGCACAGCUGCCAACCCAGCACCAAAGCGUGCACCAGACUGCAUCGUUGAGGAGAAAACCACGGAAGAACAAGCUGUGCUGUAUCGCCUAAGCGGAGAUUAUAACCCCCUACACGUCGACCCUGCAUUUGCAAAGAUGGGCGGGUUCAAGGUUCCUAUCCUACACGGCCUCUGCUUCUUCGGCAUCGCGGGCAAGGCUGUCUAUACUCAGUUCGGACCGAUCAAGAACAUUAAGGUGAGAUUUGUCGGCACAGUGUUGCCCGGCCAGACGCUGGUAACCGAGAUGUGGAAGGAAGGAAAGAAAGUUAUUUUCCAGACAUUCGUCAAGGAGACCGGCAAGCUGUGUAUCUCUGGAGCCGCGGCAGAGUUAGUUGGAGAGGGCAAGGCGAAGAUAUCUGGCAUAAAAGCUUCACCGACCUUGAAUUCACCACCUGCUCCUCGAUUCUGCCGCGACGAGCGACAGCGACAGCGACCUCGAUCUCGCUGCCCGCCAAAACACAACAACACCACAACAACAUUACAACCGGAUCUAUUUGCUUUCCUCUCCUCUCCUCUUCUCUCAUCCCACUUCCUUACCCAAACAACAACCUCAAUCCCCAUCGAAGAUUUCAGCACGACACAACUCAACUCAACUCAACUCAAUCCCCCCCACCUCAUCCCACCUCGUCCCCUCUUACCUCCACAAACAAACAACAACCAACGCAAAGCGCCUUUCCAAGCCCCAAGAUCGCGAUCUGGAAGGUCAAUCACGAUGGGUCGCAAGCCCAACCCCCUCAUCGUCAAGUACUUUGACCGCGGCCCCAAAUUGAACGAUUCUUCGAACCGAUACGUUCACACUUGCAAGGCCUGUGGUGAGAAGUUUCCCAAGGGUCGUAACGAGGUUCUCAACGCGCACAUUACCAAAAAGUGCCAUGCUCUUUCGGUUGACGAACGUCGUUCCGCUGUUCUUGAAAUCAGUGGCAUCCCCGAUAAUGGAAAUAAUCAAUUGAACAUGAACAACGGAGGCAUGCAGAUGAGUGGUGCUGGUCCUUCUGCUGUGCUGCCGCCUGACUCGAACGCUUGGGGCCCUCUCCGAACUCUCGCAGACGUCACAGUUCAGAACACACAGGAAGCCAGCCCCAGUUCGUCCAAGCCUCAUCCCCAUCCUGCGAACCACCUUAUGCUUCAGGAGCAGUAUACAUUGGAGAAUCCACCGCUUAGCUACGAACAGCGCGUUCAGAACAACAAGAAGUCCGGUGAUCAAAAGGCAACUCGUGUCAACAUGAUAGACCCUUCUCUUCAGAGCUACGAUUCACUGCAACCUGCCAAUUCAAACUUUCAUAGCAGCGAUGAUCUCAACUUCCACCUUCCUACAUACCAAAACACCAACACGUCUCUCCAGGCUGGAAACUACACCCAUAUGUCGCACUCCCGCUCAGCUACCCCUAAUCUCAGCGUUGCUACGAGCAUAGCUCAAGCAGCUACGGCGCAUUUCGGCCCCGAAAUGCUUGACCCUCAGCUGUUGGAUCGCGAUACCAACAUCAGUGUCCAUUCCGCUGGUGGAUACGGCGACCAUGCUCUCGAAGAGACACUCAGGCAAUAUAAUGAGGGAGGUUCGUCGUUGAUGUCUAACGAGCUCUUCGUUGGCAACCACCCGCAGGGACCAUGGAUCAUGGAGGCCCCUCGUGAUAAUAUUUAUCAUGCACCGGAUGCCCCUAUGCUGCAGAGCAAUGAACAUAUGCAGGCUAGCAAAUACCCAGCCCUUGCUAUGAAUUCCGCCGGCUCACCUCUGAAUGCUGGUUCCCCAGUGUCUGCCGUCGGCACGCCGAUGACUUCUGAGUUCAGCGUCGAGCCUGGUACGAACCACCUUAUUAAGAAAAAGACACGCACCAAGUUUCCACCCGACCGUCGCCUUGAAGUUCAGAAGGUUAGGAAGCUCGGAGCAUGUCUUCGUUGCAGAGUGCUCAAAAAGCCGUGCUCACAAGGUACGCCUUGCACCAAGUGUGAGAAGGUCGACUCUGCCCGUAUCUGGAAGACUCCUUGUUCACGUAAACGGCUGGCUACUCUGUGUAUGAUGUACGAGGCGGGCCUGCACGCUAUUAUUGGGGCUGAGAAAGUACGAAAGGUCAGAACCCAGAUGAAGGUGCAACCAUCCGCCAUUCAGAUUGAAGCAUCACACCACCUUGACACAGGUAUCUCUGCAGUGUUUCAUGCUGUAGAGACUCAUGUUCGGGAAGAGCGCAACGUUGACCCUGGACUGGGUGGCGACCUGGUCACCGGCGUCCGUCUGAUAUUGGACACCGACAGCGAUGACAUCGCCUCCAAGAUUAAGGGAUACACACAGCGUAUGCAGCCGGAGUUUAUUAAGCGCGAGCAAUCUCAUUUUAUGCAAGUUACCCUGGCCACGGCUACUGAACUGCUUCCUCACGUCUCGGAUACCCUGCUUAACGCCGCCAUCGAAUUCUGGGUCACCAUCCAUAUGUUGAUGGACCAUGAGAUGGUUUGGUCGCUCGUGGAGAAGCCUGGGCUAAACUCAGGAACUGACACCGUUAUCUCCCGGCCCGAUCAAACGUACAUCACUAUCCGAUCCCAGCUCGACCAGGCAGUUGAGAAGCGGGCUACACAGUUGGCAUCGUCUGUGCUCGGAAUGUUGGAGCGUAGACUGCUUAACGCAUCUGCAAAGCGAUCAUUUGAACUCCUUAUCGUCGGACUCCUCAUCAUGAACGCUCUUGAAAGGACUACGUGGUUCUUUGAUAGCUGGCAGAAGAAUCUCGAGGAUACAUGGCCACUCACCGAGAAGCCUUACGUGUAUGCUAGACAAGCCAGGGAAGUCGCCAACAUGACAAAUAUGCUGGAGCGCAUUAAGCAUGUCCCCGCGGACCCUACUGUCGGUCAGGAUGGCGUGAUUGCAAGUGAUCGGGAUCCAGCUGUGCAGGAGUUCUUGGAGAAGUUGCAGCUUAAGGAAGCAGAUAUCAUUAGCCGCCGCGAUAGCCGCGAUACCGACGUAUUCGACGAGACAGACUCCCGCAGCUAUGAACUUCGCUACUGCUCACGUCUCCUUAUCCCGGAUCCAGAAUAG